CUUCAUGCUUCUAGGGUUUCUUUUUCAAGCAAAAAGCCCUACGAACUGUCUGAUCUACUGCUGCUUCUUCAUCUUCAAAGAAAAUUCUUGGCAAUGGCCGUGAAGCCCACAAGGUCCCAGAAGAAAACCAUAUACGACAAGAAGCUAUGCGCCAUGCUCAGCGAUUACUCCCAGAUUCUGGUCGUUCACGCCGACAACGUGGGCUCGAACCAGCUCCAGAGCAUCCGCAGGGGCCUCCGAGGUGACUCCGUGGUUUUGAUGGGAAAGAACACGAUGAUGAAGCGUUCCAUCAAGAUUCAUGCGGAGAAGUCAGGAAACGAGGCGAUCAAGAACCUCAUUCCUCUUUUGGUGGGCAAUGUGGGAUUGAUCUUCACCAAGGGUGACUUGAAGGAAGUAAGGGAAGAGGUUGGCAAAUAUAAGGUUGGAGCUCCCGCACGUGUUGGUCUUGUUGCACCGAUCGAUGUUGUUGUCCCCCCUGGAAACACUGGACUCGAUCCUUCUCAGACCUCCUUCUUUCAGGUGCUGAACAUAGCAACCAAAAUCAAUAAAGGCACAGUGGAGAUCAUCACACCUGUGGAGAUCAUAAAAAAGGGUGACAAAGUGGGCUCCUCCGAGGCUGCACUUCUUUCAAAGCUUGGGAUACGGCCUUUCUCUUAUGGUCUUGUUGUACUCUCUGUUUAUGACAAUGGAUCGGUCUUUAGCCCCGAGGUGCUUGAUCUCACUGAGGAUGAUCUUAUGGAGAAAUUUGCUGCUGGGGUCUCCAUGGUCGCCUCUAUUUCCCUGGCAGUCUCCUACCCAACUCUUACUGCCGCACCCCACGCGUUCAUUAAUGCCUACAAAAAUGCUCUGGGUGUUGCAGUUGCUACAGAGUAUUCCUUCCCACAGGCUGAGCAAGUGAAAGAAUACUUGAAGGAUCCAAGCAAGUUUGCUGCAAUGUUGGCUCCUGUUGCAGUUGCUGAUACUGGUGCUGCUCCAAGUGCUACUACAAAGGUGGAAGAGAAGAAGGAAGAGCCAGAAGAGGAGUCUGAUGAUGACAUGGUUCUCGGUUUGUUUGACUGAUUUUCAGUCGGCUGUAGUGUUUUAGUUAAUGGCAGAUAUCGCCUAUCACUGUCUCCAUUUUCCUUUGGAUCUUUAUAUUUAUCUUGGGAUUCACAGUAGACCCUUUUUCCAUUUUGUCUUGCACUCUCCUAUCAACAAUUAAAAUACUGUUUAAAUGCCA